GUUCCUAACGCGACCGGACGCCUCGCAAACCCAUUUCCCUAUCCAUAAAAAACAAAAGGCCUCCGCAAACCCUAACCUCACCGGCGGCGGCGGCGGCAGAGAUGGACCCCGACUCAGUGGCGAAGGCGUUCGUCGAGCACUACUACCGCACGUUCGACACCAACCGGGCGGCGCUGGUGGGGCUGUACCAGGAGGGCUCCAUGCUCUCCUUCGAGGGCGAGAAGUUCCAGGGAGCCGCCGCCAUCGCCACCAAGCUCACCUCCCUCCCCUUCACCAAGUGCGUCCACACCGUCGUCACUGUCGACUGCCAGCCCGCCGGCCCCACGGGCGGUAUGCUCGUCUUCGUCUCCGGAUCCCUCCAAGUCGACGGCGAGCACCACAUCAAGUUCUCCCAGAUGUUCCACUUGAUGCCACUCGGACCAGGGAACUUCUAUGUGCACAACGACAUGUUCCGCCUGAACUAUGGCUAAGAAUCUUACCAGAGGUCGUGCUUCCCCAUGGAAGACAGAAUGUUCUGCAAAACAAACAAUUCGGUUGUGGUUUUUGUGUUUGAUGGUGAAAAACUUUGUGGUGCUUUCAUGCCAACAGCUUAUGAGAUCCACCGGGGAUGAAACAUAACAAAACGCCCCGUAUUAUGGGUCUGGGUCUGAAAUUGUAUCGUGGUUAUUCUCGUGUCAAUGUUGUGUGGGGAGGUCAUGGAAAAAACUUAGCAGUUCAGUUCUUUCGCGCGCU